UAAUAAAAAAGAAAGAGAGAGAGAGAGAGAGAAAAAAAGAAGGAACCCUUGUAUAGAGGGACACCUAGAGACGCUGUUGAAGUAGUGGGGGAGGGAAAGAGGGAAGAGAGUGGAAUCCCUUCAUUGAAAAAUCCUUUUCACAAAUCUUCGAAUCGAUUCUUCCAUAGAAUUCUAUCAUCGUAGUCUUCUGGUUUGAUGGGAUGAGACUGGAACCCUUUCAUAUACUGUGUUUGAAGCUUUACCUGUCAUUCUAUUAAGCAGUUCUAAAUGGAUAUCGAGCAGAAGCAAGCGGAGCUAAUAGAGCACUUCGUCAAACAAACAGAGAAUCACAAAGGGGCAUCUCUUGCGAAUGUAAUUGUUGAAGCAACCUCGCAUUCAUCUCUCUUCGCUUUUUCAGAGAUUCUAUCUGUUCCUAAUGUUGCCGAGCUUCAAGGGACUGAGUACUCCGUCUUUCUUGAUAUGCUUCGUCUGUUUGCCCAUGGAACAUGGAGUGAUUACAAGAGUAAUGCCUGCCGUCUCCCAUCUCUAGUACCUGAUCAAGUCCUCAAACUAAAGCAACUUAGCGUGCUUACUCUUGCUGAAACAAACAAGGUACUCUCCUAUGAUCAAUUAAUGCAGGAGCUGGAUGUUACAAAUGUACGUGAACUUGAAGACUUCCUUAUCAAUGAGUGCAUGUAUGCGGGCAUAGUUAGAGGAAAGCUGGAUCAGUUGAGAAGAUGCUUUGAGGUACAAUUUGCUGCUGGGAGGGAUCUGAGACCUGGACAGCUCGGGAGUAUGAUACAAACAUUAACAAGCUGGUUGGGUACUUCAGACAAUCUCCUCCUCUCAAUUCAGGAGAAGAUAAAAUGGGCAGAUACGAUGAGUGAGUUGGACAAGAAGCACCGGAAGGAAGUUGAAGACAGGGUUGAUGAAGUGAAGAAAUCUCUCUCCCUCAAGAAGUUACAAACUGUAAGCAGGACAUGGAUUUCCGGGGGCAUGAAGAGAUCAUCUACUCUGAACCUGGUGGAGUGAUGGAUUAUGAAGAAGAUCGUAGCCGUCCCAAGAGGAGACGGCCACCCAUAUCUUGAGGUUACGUUUUAAAAAAAAAGGUGGGUCCCAUUGGACAGUUCUUUUCCGGAGGUUUGCCAGAUUUUGGUGAUGGCAUUGCGGGAUGACAUAGUCUCUGCUUUUGGAAGUAUUAUGGCCCAUUAAUUUCCUUGCAAUAAAUCUGUGCAAACUCAGUGUAUUCACUAUAUUGACGAUGGAUGACAUGCUUAUUUUUUUUUUUAGUUAAAUUUGAUUAUUUUAGUCUAAUCCUGUGGGAAUUUGGAAGAACAAAGUUCACCUUGAAGUGAGGCUGGGAAAAUCAUACAAAGUUGAAGUCAUUGAAGAGUGUAAUUUCAUUU